AUGGCAGGAGACCUAGGUAUACCGUCCCCUACCCCCAUCAACCACCCAAGCAAAGACGACCUUCCGAAACGAAUCCAACGACACCACAUAUGCAUAUCUCAAAACUGGGAAUAUGGUGAUCCACGUCUAGACGUAGACCAGGCGACAGCCACACAGAUCAAUGAGGCCAUCGCCUACACAAUGCAGUUCUAUGACGAAUCAGAAUACCAAGAUAAGACCCUCUGGCAAUACUUCAAGGAUGACUUUGGUCACUGGACAGAGUCGACAUUCCAGAAGGGCAACACCAACCUUGUACGAGGAUUUCGCGACUUUCUACGCGAAAAAGGCGUCUACUGUACUAAGGACGGAGGAGCUGUGGCAGCUAGUCUUAUGCGAGUUAUUCGUGAGACAACCCAGUCAGCCUGGCCUCUUGACGAAGAAGACAUCAAACAAAAUCAUCAUAGUAUCUGUGACACUAGCCAAGAUACUGCGUUAGCUUCUACCCCGAGAGAUCUAUCGCGAAUCCCCAAUAACGAGGACAUUAUCAACAAGAGAAUUACCGACUUAAAUAAGAUGUAUACCGACGACGAGAAAUACAGCGGUAAGCUGUACGACUUCUUCCAGAGUAAGCUUAUGCUCUUCAAAGAUAAAUGUCAACGCAUUAGUAUGCCUGAGGAAGGCCUCACACGAGCCCUUCCGACAAUGCUCAAAGGAAAUGCUAUGGCAUACUACCUAGACAGUCUAGCGGGCAAUGAUCUUCCAUAUGUCACGAUGGUUACAAUGAUCCAAAGACGGUUCGAGACCGAUAAUACAACCCAGCUCUACUGGGACGAACUACGACGGACGACACUACAGACAACCAUGGCUAAGAACCCUAGCAAGUCAAUGAUGGAAGCCCUUGAAGACCUUAUCCAGACAAUCCAACAGACAUAUCGAGGGAUAAGAGGGCCUAUAGUUGACGACCGGGAGAUGCAAAAUACAUUACUGUCUGCUGUGACAGGUGUCCCGGAAUGCGGAAGAGCUAUCUAUGACGGUGCUUCGACCUUUGAAGACCUAGCCUCUAAAAUCCGUAAAUCUAUCCGGAUUGCAGAAGACGACAAGAAGGCUAUGACUCAAUACCACAGUACAGCCCACUUCAUCGACCGUCAAUUCUAUAACAACAACAGUCGGCAUAACCGACCUAAGUCUACGGUCAACCGUAACCAACGGUCAAAACCAAUCUGUUACGUCUGCCGGAAGGAAGGAUGCUGGUCAUCUAAGCAUUCUAACAAGGAACAACAACAAGCUAAAGACGACUGGUUUAGCUCACGUAGACACCGAACACCUCCAACAGACAAGAAGUGGCAGACUUUUAUUACCUUCUGUGAAGGUGAUAUUAAGGAUAAUAGCGGGGAUGACAACAGCCGACGUGACUCUCUUAGCGAGCUUAUCGACGAGUCAGAGGCCCUAGUCACUGACGAUAUAGAAGAUGUGACAGCUACGUCACAGCACUUUACCAGCGACCUGACAAGCACGACCUUCUUCACCAAGACAUCAACGCCCAAUGCCACUGACAUACUUGGUACGCUACAAGACCAAGCUUUUCGACAUGCUUUCCUCAAGGACGACCCGUACGACGAUAAUAAAAGACCUGACAACGACACUUUUAUCUGUGAAGACCGGUAUUCCAAUGAAACCUUCAGAGGGAUUCUACCGGAUACAGGGGCGUCAGGCGUGUCAUCAGCAGGAUUCCCACAGGUCCAAGCCCUACAGAGGCUCCAACCUUCCCUAAAAGUUGACAAGGCUGAGAGGCACGAAAUCAAGUUUGGCAAGGGAUCCGAGACUACCAUAGGUGUAAUACGACUACCUACAAUCCUUGGGACAAUCAACUUUCAUGUACUUCUAACGUCGACCCCAUUCCUAUUCUCUAUUACCGACAUGGAUAGAUUAGGCGUAUACCUGCAUAACCUAGAGAACUUACUAAUCCAGGGAGAGAUAAAGAUCCCAGUCAUCCGACGGUGGGGACAUCCAUGGUGGAUUAUUGAUGCUGUUACUACUACGGCCUUCUACCUAACAGAGACACAGCUCCGUCAGCUACACCGACGUUUUGGACACCCGUCAGUCAACCGACUUACGAAGAUACUCCAACGGGCUGACCAGGAAUUUGAGUCUGAGGCCCUUAGAAGGUUGACACAGCUAUGCCGACACUGUCAGAUAAACGGGAAAGCCCCUAGCAGGUUUAGGUUUACAUUACGGGACGACCACGAAUUCAACUACGAGAUUAUCGUAGACAUCGUGCAGAUUGACGACAAACCAGCCCUCCACAUCGUUGACUCAGCUACGUCCUUUCAAGCAGCGCGCUUCCUUGACUCUAGAGGACAGAAAGCCAAGGACAUCUGGGAUACCUUACGAGCCUGUUGGAUUGACAGCUAUCUAGGACCUCCAGACUGGAUAGUUCACGAUGCCGGACGAAACUUCGCAUCGGCUGAAUUCCGGCAAUACGCCCGUACUAUGUCAAUUGAAGUCGACGAAGUCCCCGUUGAAGCUCACAACAGCAUUGGAAAAGUCGAACGAUACCAUGGACCACUACGGAGAGCUUACAACAUCAUCAAGGACGAGCUUGGUGACGCUAUCACAGACGACCAAAAGCUACAAAUGGCAGUCAAGGCUGUUAAUGACUCUGCAGGCCCUGACGGUCUAGUACCCACGCUGCUGGUCUUCGGUGCAUAUCCCCGUCUGACGGACGAUUCGCCACCUGCAUUUACAGUAGUCCAGCGUGCUGAAGCGAUCCGAAAGGCUACUAGUGAGGCCCGCAAGCUGUUAGCCAAGAGACAAGUCAACGAUGCCCUUAGGACCCGGAACGGCCCUGACACGCUACCAACCCACCAACUACCACUACAAUCAGACGUACGAGUCUGGCGUGAAAAAGGUGGAUGGCAAGGCCCUCACAGACUUCUGGCUACUGAUGGCGAGACCUGUACGGUAGAGAUGCCCUAUGGAUCUACCAAAUUCAGGACAACUAUUGUCAAACCGUUUUACCAUGACAAGGACGAUGACAAGACCGCUAAACCGCCUCAGGACAACAUAUCUGACCUUGACGAGCCCGAUGACGACCCUCCUGAAGUCAUUGGUGAUACAAUUGUAAUCCCACCGGCCAAAGAACGAACCCGUCGACGGACAAGAGGACCCCGUCUAGUUGAUCAGAUAUUCACAAGCAGCAUGGAUGACGCCUUUAUCCAAGCUAUUGUAGAAGGUAAAACUAUCGAUAUGGCCUUUAUAACUGCAAAGGAAGAAGCAGACUGGCAACUAUGUCUGCAGUUACGACAGGAAGGCAGGAUAACAACGCCCGGUCGACCGUUUGAGCUAUCAGAUCGAACAGAGAUUGACGCACUACAAGCCCAGGACGUCUUUAGGUUUGAGACGUACGAUCCCCUUAAGCAUAGGGCCGACAGACUUUUCAAAAGUCGGUUAGUACGUGAGAUAAAGGGCAAAGGCACCACAACGCCCUAUGAGAAGUCCAGACUUGUCAUCCAAGGCCACGGCGACAACGGCAAGCAUACGAUACUAACACAAUCUCCUACAAUCCAACGAGCUAGUCAACGCCUAAUUGUAGCUCUGGUACCGUCACUUGCAUCGCGAGGAAUCUUUCUGUGGAUCAGGGACAUCACCCAAGCGUACGUCCAGUCGACAACGAAGCUUAACAGAACUAUCCUAGCCCGACUACCCGACCAGAUUAGAGACCAAUUUCCUGAAGGUACAAUCAUGGUCGUUGUCAAACCGCUAUACGGCAUAGCUGAAGCUGGAACACACUGGUGGGCAACCUACUUUAACCACCACCGUGACAACCUUCGGAUGACGACUUCAACAUUUGACCCAUGCCUGCUUGUAACGACAACAAGAGACUGCUUUGGUAUUACAGGCAUGCAGACUGACGAUACCCUUGGACUUGGCGACCAACGUUUCUUUGACAUUGAAGAGGAACAACUAAAGAAGGCUAAGUUUACAGCUAAGCCUAAGGAAAUCCUGACUCCUGACAACCUGCUACUGUUUAACGGCUGCAAAGUAACCCAAGACGCAGAUGGAUCGGUGACGCUUAGCCAGAAAGACCAAGGUCAGAAGCUAGAGCUAAUCGACGCAAGCUUAGAGACGGCCCAGGAGGAAUACGUCAAACAACGAGCCCGUGGAGCGUACAUCGCGACAAUCUGCCAGCCGGAGGCAUCCUUUGACCUAUCAACAGCAGCACAACAUCAAGACCCAACUGCUGACGAUAUCAGAAAACUGAACAAACGACUCCAAUGGCAAAUUGACCAUCAAGGCCGGGGAUUAAGAUAUAUCCCACUUGACCUACCGACGGCGAAACUAUUCGUGUUUGUAGACGGGUCCUUUGCAAACAACAAGGACCUAAGCUCCCAGAUAGGGUUCAUUAUCAUAAUUGGCAACGAGAGACAACAGGACGCAGAAUUCACGCUGACCGGUAACAUCGUCACAUACAGCUCGACGAAGAUACAACCCUCGCAAUGA